AUGGCGUACCCUCUGCCGAUGUUGUUGGCUACGUACGAGGCGCUAAUUGAAGACGGAGACGACGAGAUUCCGAGCUGCUUUGACGAGUUUGAUGAUGAAGCUUUGUUUAAUCUGUUUCACCUCACUAGACCGUGCCUCAUGUUUAUUGUAGACUCUAUGCGUGUCUGUAUGCACAAUGUUUCGCCAAAAAGUCCUCCUCUCUCCGUUGACGCGUUGGUUAUGGUGACAUUGAACUAUUACGCACACGGCAUAUCCUCUGCAUCUCUCCUGACCAAACUUGGACUCACUCACACACACUGCCCUGCCAUCAUCAGUCUGGUGUCUGGGAAAAUCUCUGAAAUGACGGACAAGUUUGUUUCUUUGCCCGAAACUAAAGAGGCUAAAGCUACAGUCGCAUCCAAUAUAGAAGCAAUAUGUGGUAUUCCCAACGUGCUGGGCAUCCUGGCAUCGCCGCAUUUUCGGGUGCGAGUGUCUCCCUAUGAUAAGGAGAACUACCGGACUUUUUUCAGUCCUCUCGGUUACACUGCAGUGGUGAGCCAGAUCAUAUGCGAUUCUGAUGGAAAUAUCUUAUUUGUUGAGAAGUGUGAGGCGGGCCGCACACCUGAGCAGGAGAUGUGGGCGUCUUCAGCCAAAGGGAAUGAGAUAGAGGAGGGGCUCUAUGGACCGUACUGGUUAAUUGCUGGUAAAGGCUAUCUCCAGAGCAAACAUGUACUGACUUCUGUGACAGACCCGUCCAAUGAGCCCGAGGUCCGCUUCAACGAGGCUCAUGCAAAGAUCCUGGGCAUCAUGUGGGCCACUCUCAGCUGCCUGAUGAGGCGUUUCAAGGUGCUGCUGCAGCUCGGCUUUGCAAAAGAAAACUGCCUGGACCAAAAGGCCAAUAUUAUCAGAGCCUGCUGUGUACUUCACAACAUUGCUAAGAAGUUUUCGGUGCCGUCACUACCAGUUGGGUCUGAACCUGUGUAUCCAGGUAAACAGCACUCAGGGACUUUAGAAGUCAGCAAUGAAGCUCUAAAUGCCAGGCAAGCACUCAUCAACAGAGUGUUUUCUGCUCCAAGCAGCAAUGAUGCACAAACUGAAUUGAGAACAGAGAAGGAAGUAUAAGCAAUGCGGGCAAGACACAAAGGGGAUGUCAAUUAUAACUACUCAACUCACUCAUUAACCACACUAACACAAGUUUUCACAAAGGACAUUUUCCAGACACCAAGUAUUGUUUUGUAAUUAUUGUUAAAUAAAAAUAAUAUUUGUGACAAAA